AUUGAUUAACCUACAAAAUUUACAUCAUUUUUUUGUUCUAAUUAAUCUGCUAAUAAUUGCAACUGUUAAUGUGACAAUGGAUAUUUUAUGAAUGCCUAAUUAAUUUGCCAGGAUUGUUUAUAUCCUUGUAGUGAAUGUCAAAUUAGUGCUAGUAAUUGUUUAAAUUGUGCAGAUCAAUUUUAGAUGAGCACUACAACUCCAAAUACAUGUGUUUGUCCUGAUCUAACAUAUGAAGUAUUAAUUAGUACUAUUCCGUAAUGUCAACCUUGUACAUAACCUUGUUUAACCUGUUCAACAUCAUCAACCCAUUGUUUAACUUGUUUAGAUGUUCAAUAAAGUAUAGAUUCAUUUAACUAAUGUAAAUGCAAUCCUGGAUUUUUUAUGAGUGGAGUGAUAUGUAUAGCAUGUCUAAAUCCUUGCGUGUAAUGUUUAGGAAGUGCAAAUUAUUGCACUUAAUGUAAAGAUAUUUAGCACUAUAACUAUAAUGGAAAAUGCAUUUGUGGCUCUGGUUAUGUUAAUGAUGAUAAUUAUAAUUGUAUUCCUUGUUAAUGGCCUUGUUAAACAUGUUCUAUGAGUGAUACUCACUGUGAUAGUUGCUUAGAUCCUAACCAUGAGAUUAAUUCUUUAUAUUAAUGUAUUUGUAAGGACACAUUUUAUUCAAACACUAUUAAUACAUGUGCACCCUGCAUAUAGCCAUGUGCCUUAUGUGACAUUAAUGGAUGUUUAUCCUGUAUUGAUACUAAUCAAAUAUUAAAUUCAUCUAAAAAUUGCAUUUGUAAACAAGGAUAUUAUUAAGUAGGUGUAAUUUGUUAAUAAUGUGCAAUACCAUGUGAAACAUGUGAAUUUAAUUAAAAUCAUUGUUUAACAUGUAUUGAUGUUAAUUAAACUGAAAUUAACAAUUAAUGUAUUUGUAAUGAUGGUUACUUUGAAGUAAAUCAAAGCUGUUAAAUAUGUUAACUCCCAUGCACAAAAUGUAUAUUCUAAAAUGAUCAUUGUCUUGAAUGUUUGGAUCCAAAUCAUGACUUAAUCAAUAACAAAUGUGUAUGCAAAUUUGGAUUUGGAUCUUCAGGAAUUAAUGGCCUCGAUUGUUCACUUUGUUAAUAUCCUUGUCUUGAUUGCUCAAUCAAUGUGAGUACUUGUCUCUCUUGUAUUGAUGAUAAUAUAUACCAAGUUUUAGAUGGCACAUGUGUGUGUAAUUAAGGUUAUUAUGCUGUAGGAAUUGAUUGUAUUUAAUGUUCACCAUAAUGUUCUACUUGUUUUGAAUAGCCAGAUAAAUGCUUAUCGUGUCCUGACCCUAAUCACGUACUGUCUUAAAAUAACUGUUACUGUUAAGAGGGUUAUUAUACAGACAAUUCUAUUCAUUGUUUACAAUGUUUACCUUCUUGUCUAACUUGCAUGUUUACUCAGGAUUUUUGCACAUCUUGUCUAGAUAAGUUUUAACUUAUAGAAGGAUAAUGUAUAUGUGAAGAUGGUUAUUAUAUUCUUAAUUUUCAUUGUGAAUUAUGUCAUUAAAAUUGUAUUAAAUGUAACUCAUAUAAUGAAUGCACUGAAUGUAUAGAUCAAUAUUUUUUAUUUAAUACCUAAUGUGUAAAAUGUCAAAACCCUUGUUUAUCCUGUAUUGAUGUUUAAACAUGUAAAACUUGUUCUGAUAAUUACAUAAUGGAUGAUCAAGGAAAAUGCUUUCAAUGCAUAGAAAACUGUCAAAAUUGUAAGGAUUCAAUUAAUUGUAUUUAAUGCUUUGAUGAAUUCUAUUAUGACAAUAAGGCGUGUAUCCCAUGUUCUGAUAAAUGCUAAACAUGUGAGAAGAGUAGUAAAUUUUGCACAUCCUGUAAAGAUUCAAAUCACAUACUAAAUAUAAAAGAUGGUACUUUAAUUAUGAUCAAAUUACUUUACAAGAACAAUUAUUACUGUCAAGUAUCAGAUGUAGCGAAUAGUAAAUAUUGA